UCCGGUCACUCGUUAUGGUCUGCAAUCAGUUGCCAGCGCAAGUGGUUGAAAAGAUUUACAGUAAAAUCUCGCAAAAUCUAAUUAUUAAUAAUCAAAAAAGUUGGAAUAGGCAUUAGCGAACGUUUCGCGAGAUAAAAAUUUCUAUAUCACCAAACAGUCUCCGGGUCAGGCCAUUGUUGUUAGACAAUGGACAGCAUCUAGAAGCCAUCAGGUGUCUGCGAAAGGAUACGCGUGACCUGUGAUACCACUUUCUUUGCCAGUCCCUCUGAAUCGUUGAAAAACCGUUGAAAAAUCGAUCAUCUCGAACUUCGGUUACCCACGUUCGAGAGCUGCAACGAAACAACAGAACAAAGAACAAUGCCGGUGCGAUCGCGUGAUCACGGCACGUAAGGCUGACAGAUCUCUCGAAAAUCAUUGGGGAUUCGUGGCACGUGGCGAUUCGCAUUCGUACGAGCAGCGAGUGCUCGCGAGUGUAUCGACGAGGCGUGUGGCUUCGGCGUUGUUCCCGCUUGCUGGACAAGUGACGUGAUAGUUCGUGAAUCGUCGCGAGCCACCUGGUUCUUCUGGAACUCUUGACGUGGAAAAUCGUCAAAAUCCCGGGGCACGCUUCUCUGAUGACCCACGCGCUAAAACCUUGACACGCUGUUUAAUAUUAGUUGUUGGUGACCUUCCAAAUAGCUUCAGGCUCUUGGAAUAUUUGUAAACUACUUUACCGUGGCUACAGGCCUGACAUUUACGUAUCUAUUCCUCGCGUUGAUGAGAAAGAGACGCGACUAUAAUGGUAGUUGUAUAAAUACAGACUGUGUGGAUGUUUGUUCGAAUUAAAGGGUGAAGAGAAACUCACACAACGAAGCGCGUUACAAACGUUUGGCGGUUUUGUUUCUCUGUGUUGGUGCGGUGUGUGGAUCUUGAAAGUGGAUCCGACGUGUUAUAAUGGCACCGGCUGCUACGUUAGACUGGUCCGAGCCCUGCCAGCACUGGCGAUAUCCGAAAUUCUGCCCGUCUGGCCAACAGAAGCAUGAGAGAGCGAAGAGCGCGAUGGAAUUGAGCAGCAAAGAAGCGAACACCGCGUACAAAAAGUUCUGCAAGUUCCUCCGUCGGCUGAAGCACAAGAAACAUAGAGAUGGCAACAAAGUGACAACAGUGGUGGCUACGCCUGGUGCUGGUCCAGAUCGUCCGCAAGAGAUCUCCUACACAGACACUAAAGUAAUCGGUAACGGCAGCUUCGGCGUUGUGUACCUAGCGAAACUAUGUGACACAGAGGAACUGGUCGCCAUCAAGAAAGUUCUCCAAGAUAAACGAUUCAAGAACAGAGAGUUGCAAAUUAUGCGGCGUCUCGAGCAUUGCAACAUCGUGAAACUGAAAUACUUCUUCUACUCCAGUGGUGAUAAGAACAUCUUAAACGCAACUAAUCCAGUUUUUCAUGUGGACAAGGACGAGGUUUAUCUGAACCUAGUGCUGGAAUACAUACCUGAAACUGUGUAUAAAGUCGCUCGGCAUUAUAACAAAAGCAAGCAGACCAUACCAAUCAAUUUUAUUAAGUUGUACAUGUAUCAACUGUUCCGCUCUCUGGCAUAUAUCCACUCGCUAGGGAUCUGUCACAGGGACAUCAAGCCACAGAAUUUACUCUUGGAUCCAGAAUCCGGCGUGUUGAAGCUCUGUGAUUUUGGAUCGGCUAAACACUUGGUCAAAGGAGAACCCAACGUGUCUUACAUCUGUAGUCGUUACUAUCGCGCGCCUGAAUUGAUCUUUGGUGCUAUUGAUUAUACCACGAAAAUCGAUGUAUGGAGCGCAGGAUGCGUAGUAGCAGAAUUAUUGCUUGGUCAACCAAUAUUCCCUGGCGACAGUGGUGUGGAUCAGCUGGUUGAGAUCAUCAAAGUGCUCGGCACACCUACACGAGACCAGAUACGUGAGAUGAACCCCAACUAUACCGAGUUCAAAUUCCCACAAAUUAAGGCGCACCCGUGGCAAAAGGUGUUCAGGGCACGCACACCCCCAGAAGCGAUGGAGUUGGUCGCUGGACUUCUAGAGUACACGCCGUCAGGUCGAAUCACGCCUUUGGAAGCGUGUGCUCAUCCGUUCUUCGACGAACUUCGGGAACAGGGCACGCGACUGCCAAACGGCCGAGAGCUUCCCCCGUUGUUCAACUUUACCGAGUACGAGCUGCGAAUUCAGCCGUCACUGAACUCGAUCCUAAAGCCGAAGUACAUGCAGACUUCGGAGAAUCCUGGAGGCCAGUCGGAGCCGGUCGCGGGGAGUAGCGGUAACUCUAGUGAUAAUAACGUGAACACCAACACGCUGUCCACCUCGAAGAACACAGACCCCGGCCAGUCGAAUAUGGCUUAAGCGCUGCUUUCUAUUUUUAACGUUUAAUUAAACAACAGACGAGAAAACACGAGAGCGAGAGCGAGCGAGUGCGAGAGAUAACGGAAGAGAGAGAGAGAGAGAGAGAGAGAGAAAGAGAGAGAGAGAGUAAAAGAGUGUAUGCGCGCGCGACAGAGUGAGAAAGAAAGGAAACACUAAGAAUUCACACGUGUUAGAAACUAGCCUUAAAAUGAAACGAAAAAAGAAAAAAAAGAAAAAAGAAAAAAAAUUCAAGUACGGUUGAGAGCAAGAGCGAGAGAGUAGGGGAAGAAGAAAACAAAAGGAACGGAAGAAAAACUCGAUGUUCUUCUGAGGAGGAUGUCUAUAACAUAAGUUACACGUGAGACACAAAGGAAUCCCCCAAAACUGUAAAUUUGUUUCAACGCGAUGCAAAUGGCGAUACCGGCGUGGUAUUUUAAGCUUUGUUCGCUUGAAACACAAACGACGAAAUAUUAUUAUAGAAUUAACCCGAGACAAUGGUCCCCCCCUUCGGACAGCCCGAGAUUUUUCCCGAGCGAACGCUUGAUUGCCACCUUAAUGCCAAAAAAAAACAGCAUGAAGAAAAAAGAAAAAAAGAAAUUGAAUUCAAUGUAUAUAUAUUAUAGGAACUGGCUCGUAACCUCUUUAAAUGAUAAUCGCUGUAAGCAAAGAAAGAAACAAACAAAACGACAAAAAAAUAAUAUUAAUAAUGAGCGCGAAUUUUUUCUAGUUGAGGAAGAAACAAAACGAUGUGUAAUCUCUAUCGUACACUGUGUCUAGGUAGCGCGUUAACGUCGCUUGCGUCGUCGUCAUUUCAUUCGAAAAUACACACACCACACACAUACACAUACGUAUACAGAUACACAAUCAUGGCGGUUAUUAAAGUGAUCAUCUGCUUCUUCGGGUUUUCAAUGAAUUUCGGGAGUCAAGCAGAAAGAGAUCGUCAAACUUUCAGAUUUCGUGAAGAAGCAUUGGGUGGGGAACGUGCGAGGGGAACCGACGUUUCCUUUUGAAUGCGUAACAACAAAUGAAAGGGAACGAAUGUGCAUCGUUGUGUCGUAUUUUCAUUGCGUUCUCGCGAAUAGGGAAAUUAUCACGCGGAGAAUCUCACGAUUAAACACAUACACACACAUACACAUUAGUAAUUUGCGUGCACAAUCUGUAUUUAUCGUAAGACGAAUUUCCGCGACGUGAGACAUGCUACGUUACACGUUCAGCAGAAAAGAAAGAAGAGAACUGCGUAUCUCGAGAGAUUUUCGACGAGUAAGACGCGUAACGGAAGUUUCUAAUCGUUGGAAAUACGAUAGCAGUGAGACACCAUACAUGUUACACACUCGUUCGUGCCUAUUGUCAACCAUGCUUGGACGAUUCGAAUCGCUAUCAUUUAUUUAACGAAUGAAUGAAUUAACUCGAGUAUACUCUGUUCGUUUACGAAUUCAAUCGUCACGCGCCAUUAUCGUUGUAUAUUUCCGUCGUUAGACAAUUUCGGCUUCACCGAACGAUCUACUUUUCACAUCACGCGACGAAACUCUACGCAUCGAAGAGCGAUUUUUUUCUUUCUUUAAAUGCCCGAAUAAAUAAUUUCUUUUUU